GUUUAAUGUCAUUUCCUCAUCAGAUAAGUGAGAGGAAACUGCAAGUCUAAAUUGAGCAAAGGAAGAACAGAAAGAAUAAUGAGGAAGACGUUUAUUUGCGAUGAGUCAAUGAUCAUCACCAUCCCAAUCGGAAGCCUGAAGAACAUUCAGGAGGGUCAGCUGAUGCCGGAGAACUUCCACUGUGUGUUCAGGGACAACUUCAAGGUGUUUGUUGUUCGAGGAAAGCCAAAACCUCUGGGGGCAGCCCAAGCAUUUGCUGGUGUGCUUAUUUUCACUCUUGGAUUUAUUUCCAUGGACAUACGCAUCAUCAUCUUCAGUGCUACAAGUAUUGUGUUCUUUUUCUCUGGGUUGGCUUCCUUUGCUGCAGGGAUAUGUCCAGACAUGCAUGUGAUUAAACUGUCAUUCUCCCUGAACAUCAUCAGCUUUUUCUGGUCACUGGUGGCUUUUGGUUUCUAUGUGUUCUUAUGCAUUUUGGACUUUUUUGAGACUGAUUGGACUUACAAAUUCCUUAAUGGAAUUAUCGGUCUGAUCAUAACUCUGUUAGUCUUUGAAUGCAUGAUGGCACUCUUCUUGAUCUACUGGCAGAGUAAAGCUGUGUGCAGAGAACAUUUCAACACCUUGCCCAUCAUAACGUUGAAGCAGGAGGAUUCCAUGAUGAACACAGAGCAGAACCAGGAAUAAACAGUUCCUCUGUAGUGCUUAAACUGUAACAAGAUUUUUGCCAAUUUUGUUCGUUUUUGUCUUUUCUUUUUUUGCUUCAAAGUAAAAUAAUAGGACAGUUUGAUUGAAAGCACACAAUCAUUCCAAUUUGCAUUACAUAAUAAUGUGGAGAUUUCUGCAUUCUUCCUUUUUGUUAAAUAAAUAUAGGCCACUAAUUAUAGCAAUGCGUUAUAAAAGCUUUUAUUCACAUGCCACAGCAGAAACAAUGUUACAGUUGCCUGAAGUUUUGCUCGACCUUUCCAAAAACAAAGUGCACAAUAUGUAUAGAGAAGCUUUGGAUAUGGGACAUUUUGUGUUUUGAAAGGUUUAAUCCUUAAUCCAAAAGGCUUAUGCCUUUUGCAAGAUUAAAUGUAAAAAAACAAACAAACAAACAAACAAACAAACAAACAAACCCGUAAGUAAACUGUUGCUAGCUUUGGGUGACGAUUCUCCAGGAAAUGAACGAUUUUUCUGAACGAUUCACAUCACGGGGAACUCAUCGGAAGCCAGAGGUUCAGUUAUGAGUGGCCACAAGAGGGAGACAAACACAAAGCAAAUCAUGCUGUUUUUUUCGACAUUCCUUGGAAGUCGCUGUUUGUAUUCCAGAAAAAAGGUUUUAUUAAAACUUUCAAAGCUCA